UCUCGUCCCCAGAUGCGCCGUUGCGCCCUGAAACGUCACCUCAAACUCGGAUCAUCUGUUAGCGCUGUUAGUUUUGGUGUUUCGAUUUGUUUGUGUUAUUAUCUUGUAAUGUAGUGUCACGGGUACAGGAACCCGUUAUCCGAAAGGUGCCACAAGAUUUAUCUGCACAAUGCCUGAAACAUGGAUCGAAGAAGGUGGCUCUAUCGUCGAAGGAAUCGGUGACGAAGUCCUGCUGUUUGGGUCCGGUUUCGUGGCUCUGUUGGUUAUACUGCUAACCUGGCUUUAUUUAUCACAUUUCAACUCCGCAGUAAGGAGUACCCAACACAGUGAGAUAUUGCACCCGUCCCAAUCAAACGAGACAAACUCGGAACGAUCGCCUUCAACCAUCAGUCCCGCAAGCGAAGUUCAAAAUGAAAACGUCGUCGACGGUCACAUACCCAGUCGACAGGAAGACGACCUACGCCCAACAACAGAGCCUCCCCACGAUGAAGAGUCCGAUCGCGCUGAAGAAAACUUGACCAGCGUUGAGGAAGUUCAGCCGGAGGAACAACAAGAGGACGAUUGCACUCCCGAAGCACUGAGAGAGCGCAGGCUGGAGUUUUACAGCCGGAACAACGUUAGGAUUGCGGAUGCAGAAAGUGAUAGCGUUGCAGAUACGAGACACCACCCUACUGCAGCGACAUCUGCGGACACAGCUGAAAGACGUGCGGCUGAAGACGUACUAGGCAGCUCUAGGGAAACGCGAGGGCAGAUAAUGGUUCGACUCAAGUACCUGAACGACACGGAGCGGUGUGUUACUGGGAGACAGGACGAAAGUUUGGGAGAGUUUCGAAGACGCCACUUUGCGGAAGAACUUGCGAGCCAACGUGUUGUCCGCCUUAUAUUCAACGGCGCGCAGCUGAGGAACGAUACUGCGACCCUGUCUUCGUGCGGCAUACAGCACGGUUGCGUCGUCCACGUGCACGUCUCGACGAUGCCGGCGACUUCCAGUCCCGCUGCACAGUCUCCCGCGGAGGUCGACCUCAACUUGGGCGCCCUCAUGUGGGCUCUGUUCGCUACCGUGUUGGGAAUGUUGUGGUUUGCGUUUUUACAAAUCAAGGAACUGUUCAACUGGACGUCCAUCACAAUUCUGGUCAUACUUUCCGGAUUCUUCUGCAUCGGACUUUACGGACAGUACCAUCCGUCGCGGCAGGUGCCGUCAUCGAGAUAGUUUGUUUCGCCUUUUUCUUUUUUCUCUGUGCGUCUGCCUUCUAGGAAGGAAUUGUGAGAGGAAGCAACCUGCUCAAGAGGGCAUUGUUCUUGUUGAGGAAGUUUGAGGGCCGAUGAUCAUGGCUUUUCCAUCCAAACCGCGGAUGGUGAUGCGCGCAGUGCUACUACUACUACGUGAACUUUUUUUGAGCGGAUGUGUUUCUGCAAUGUGGAUGGCAAAGAGGCAAGAAAGGUCAAUAUAAAGUGAAGCACCCGCUUGAUAUUAAUGCAAAUAGUGUAACAUAGCGCCGGGACGUAGUUUAGGCACAACAUAUACUGUAAAAACUGUAUAUUUACAUCCACAUUUAAGUACUUUUUUUUUUUUUUGCUGUAUAAUAAGGACUAUCCCACUUCACAAUUUUAUCUGUAAUAUAACCGAUUAGAAAGUGAAUGUUGCACAGAAUAAACAAGCUAUGCACUGGC